AUGGUCCUCAACCUCCCCACCGAGCUGGUCCAGCUCAUUUUUCGGAGCUGCGACACUCCGACGUACCUGCAGUUGGCGUACUGCUGCCGCAGUCUAUACGAGAUGGCUACACAGAGCCGUAAACUCGUCCUACACCAAUUGCGCCAAACCCCUGGCGGCACGGAGAAUGUUGACACGAUGACAACCCCAGAACUCGUCCACCGACUCAAACUGCUCUCCCACCAAGAGCUCUUCGGCACUGAGCACUUUACAGACCGCAAGCUCAUCGACUUCCAGGGCAAGAAGCUCAACACCAUUGCUUCCUCUCUGGAGGCCCCAAUACUGAGAAACAGAGCAUUACUUGGGUUUCAAGACGAUGAAACAGUCUACUUUGUGGAUAUUCGAGCUGGAACUGUCAGCCUUCGACGCCGUCUGGAAUCACCCGCAAAGCGGUUCGGCACUAUCGAAGUGCUACACACAGCCUUCAAUAGCAAUGGAGCCUAUGUUUUGCAUCGCUUCCAGCCAUUUGUCGACAAGCAGCUGGAUACUACACACCCAUUCGUCAAGCAGGCAAUGCAGUCAUACUCACAAGGGAGUAUCUUCUUGGUAAACUAUAGCUUUGGGUCGAAGGACAUCGUGAAAAUCUUUACCUUCCCAGACGAGAAUGAGUACGAUCCCAUUGCUCUUGCUGCUCACCACGACGAGAAAUUCGCAAUCUCUUGGCAACACCGACAACGUGAUCAGGAUCACCACGUUGCCAUCUAUUGUAUGGAUGAUACCGAUGAUGAAGACGAGCAAUAUGAGGAGGACGACGAGGAUGAAGAAGAGGAUGAAGAGGAUGAGCAAACUGAGCAGGAAGACGAAGAUAGUGACGAACAGAAGGCUUCGGGCAAAUCACAAAAGACGGUGCCCAAAAUCAUCUGGUCUACAUUCGACGCCUACAGCUUGACUGAAAUAAAUGGUGAAAGAACCAGCGACGCAGCCCUCGUGGGAAAGGGUCCCACCACCAAACUCGUCUUCAACGACCGCGGAAACCAAAUGCUCCACCACUACGGAACUAACACGCUCUUCAGCUCAUUCCAAAAACUCCAUGCCAUCCCUGGAACGCCAGAGCCAACCGUGCGAAACAACAACUGCGUGGUAGAAUACUCGCCCUCUUUGAUGCUGCAAUUUGAGAUAGGCAUCCCCUUCUUCGCAACCCAUCGUACGGGCAGUGAAAGCCCCAUACCCGGCACUUGCCACUGGCAGUAUCUGGCAGUGGCCAUCGCUACACACCGAGUCGAGCACUGGACGGUGGCAUGUCUCUUGCGAUCUGAAUCCAACCCGCAGGCUUUCCGGUGUAACCACUUCAUGAACCUCGACCGAGGACGACGCUUCGAAGAUUGGACCGCCGUGGCGCAGCUCGGCGGAUACGACGAGCACAAUGCCACCCAAGCCUCCCUGAUUGCAGCCUCUCCAUCAGGCACUCGAAUUGCACUUGCCAGCUGGAAGACUGUGACGGUAUGGGCGCUGGAGCCGCGGGUGUUGAUUGACGAGGAAGCUGGUCACUACCCGGAGUCGUGGACCAAUUCGGCCGGACUGACGGAGCUUCGACCGGCAAAAAUCGAGCUGGAUGCUGUCUGCUCGCAGCUGAAGUUCACAGAAAACGAGAACGAGCUGGUUGCCAUCACCGAUCGCGGGCUGAUGUUGCUGGACAUCAGGCCCUCCGGCCGAGGUGUCGAGACCAUCGAGCCCCGGAAUAUUUUCUAA